CUGGGAGGCCAGAAGGUUUCUGGCGGGGCCGGCGCCAUCUUGCCGGAGCCUGCGACCGAGUGGGAGUGGAGUGGAGCGGCCGUUGUUGCCGACUCUUUCCUCCUCCCCACGGUCCAGUCAGCGGUUGAUUAGGCCAUCGGCCCUCAAGCCGAGACUUGUCUCUUAUUUAGUUCUGGGGAGCACCUGGCCGACAUGAGUGAUGUAGAGGAGAACAACUUCGAGGGCAGAUGAGCGGCCGCGUCUCUGUUGGAACCGGCGGCGUUGCGUCUAUAAAGGCGAAAGCCUUGAGGUUGAAGGUGGGACGAGCCUAAUGAAGUGGUUAAUGUUCGUGAAGAAAUUGAAGAGUUUUUUCCAAGAAUGUGGAAGAUAAAUCAAGAUAAAAGAAGGCUAAUGAAAAGUAUUAAAGAUCAGAAAAUUAAAAUUGAAUGGGGGAAAAAAUUGAACAGAAGAUUGGUCAGAUAGAAGCACUUGAAUAUUUUUUUUAAGGCUAUUUUGAAUUGUUUGAAUUGGGGAAGAAUACACGAAGUAUGAAAAAUGAAAAACUCAAUGAAGAAUGAAGAGAAGUAGAAAGCAAGAGUGAAGUAGAAUUAAAAGAAUCUGGAAGAAUGAAUGGGUCCUAGGUUAAGUAAAUGUAUGGUUUAUGUUCCAGUGUCUGUAUGAUCAAGUUGUAGAUGAAUUUGCAUGAUUUCUUAGUUAAUAGAGAAUUGGUGAUCUGGUUCAAGUAGGGAAUUAUUGAGGACAGUUAGCAGUAUUAACAAUGGGUUAUUAAUGAGCUGAAAUUUUUUCUGGAGGGUGUUGCCUAACCAUUUGUUUUUCAGGAGCAAUCAAUAUAAUAAUUACGGUACUUAAAAUGUUAGGUGUUAGGCAUCUACGUGACCAGUGCCAUUUGUAAUACUGUCUUCUUUGUUAGGAGUCUCGCUCUCAGUCAAAAUCUCCAACGGGAACGCCUGCUCGUGUAAAAUCGGAGAGCAGGUCAGGAUCUCGUAGUCCAUCAAGGGUUUCCAAACACUCAGAAUCCCAUUCUCGAUCAAGAUCAAAAUCCAGGUCGAGGUCAAGGAGGCAUUCUCAUAGACGUUACACUCGAUCCAGAUCCCAUUCUCACUCUCAUAGGAGACGAUCUCGAAGUAGGUCAUACACACCAGAAUACCGGCGUCGAAGAAGCCGAAGUCAUUCUCCAAUGUCUAACCGGAGAAGACAUACAGGCAGCAGGGCAAAUCCAGAUCCCAACACUUGUCUUGGAGUGUUUGGCCUCAGUUUAUACACAACAGAGAGAGAUCUUCGUGAAGUAUUUUCUCGAUAUGGACCAUUGAGUGGUGUCAAUGUGGUUUAUGAUCAGCGAACUGGUCGGUCACGAGGAUUUGCUUUUGUUUAUUUUGAAAGAAUAGAUGACUCAAAGGAGGCUAUGGAAAGGGCAAAUGGAAUGGAGUUGGAUGGUAGAAGAAUUCGAGUGGAUUAUUCUAUUACCAAGAGAGCGCACACACCUACACCUGGCAUCUACAUGGGCAGACCAACUCAUAGUGGCGGUGGCGGUGGUGGAGGUGGUGGUGGAGGUGGAGGAGGUGGCAGGCGUCGAGAUUCUUACUAUGAUAGAGGAUAUGAUCGUGGAUAUGACAGAUAUGAAGACUACGAUUACCGGUACAGAAGAAGAUCACCUUCUCCUUACUAUAGUCGGUACAGAUCACGAUCAAGAUCUCGUUCCUACAGCCCAAGACGCUAUUGAUACACAGAAUGGUUGCAGAUGAGGACAUCUUUUUCUUUCUGUGUGUGUGUGUGUGUGUGUGUGUGUGUGUGUGUGUGUUGGUUUGGUUUGCUUUUGGGUUUUUUGUUUGUUUUGGUUUGGUUUUGGGUCUUGAGUUUGUUUUUUGUUUAAUUCUGGAUUUCCCCAAGCUUCUAAUCCUUCUUACUUCUUAAAAAGAACCCUUAAAAAAAUCUUCGGUUUAUUCACCAUCUACAAUUUGUCAGUUGUAUUGCUGUUUCCACCCCUUAAAGAUGUAAUUGUUGUCAUUUUGAGUAGUUAAACAUCUUAAGUAAAAAAAAGGAACCCCCAGUGUUACGCUUUGUAAACGAUUUUUUCCCUUUUUUUCUUUUUCUUUCUUUUUUUCCUUUUCUUCUUUUUUUUUUGCUUUCCUUUGCUUUUACAGAAAAUUAACUCCUGGCUAAUCAAAUGAGGAAAGAAAUGAUCUUUUUAAAGCUUCUUUUGUGUUAGGUAUUGUAUUAGACAUUAUACUAGAGACCUCCAUUUACGACGAACUCCUUUUUUAACUUUCUUUUGGGGAAGGUAGUAACACAUAAAGUAGUUCAGUCAUGUCAAGUUUGUCUGGGGUGGCAUGGAGCAGUCAAAUAGUUGAGUGUAGAAAGUUUGAAGCUAUAUAAAAAAACACUUGUUCAUUUCUUUGGAAGAACAAAAUUUUUGAACCCUAAAAAUUACGUCAUUUUUUUAAGAGAUGAAAGCUUGUGGACUCCUACAAAACAUGUUGUAUUUAAAAUACAUCUGUUAAGACUUAAAGUGUGAUGUUUGUGUUGAAUUUAUUGAAAUUUAAGUAUUCCCUUAAUCAGUGAAGGACAACUAUUAUUUAUUACUUAGAGCAAUUGUAUACUUUGCUGUUAGAAAUUUUUGUAUGGGGACAAUGGUUAAGCAGGCUAUUAUUGUAUAGUAUAGAGUUCUUUAGAGGAUACGUGUGAGGAAAAGUAGUCUCCUUUCAAAUAAAGGUUAAUUUCUUUGAAAA